AUGAGCACCAACACUGGACUGAUCCCAUUCUUUGUGAGGAAACUCGAGCCAGACUGGAACAUUUUCGCCGUCUUGAAUGGCUCCCUCCAAAUUUCAAGCCAAAGACCCUGGAAGGUAUUGCUGCUGUUGAGCGUUAUUGGCGGAAAUUUUCCGGACUCAGUCUGCUAUUGUGAUAUUGAACUUUUCUACCUGAAAGACCCUCAAAGAAAAUGUGACGUCUUUUGUGCUAUCAUUGAGUUUCGCAAUCUCAAAGGUGGGUGGGCUCCUUUCUGCGGCCGCAUGAGCAUGUCAGCAAGGCAUCAUCAUGUUCGAAGCGCUCAUGGUACUAUGCAAAGUCACCAUAGCCGCUCCUAG